CAGGUAUUUUCAAUUUCCUCCCCCAAAAUUUAUCCCCAAUUCGCCAAUUCCUCGAUCAUCUUUCAUGUCAAUGGCAAGAUCAAGAACUCCCCUUAUCCGCUCCUUAUCCUCUUCUACCAUGAAAGGUACUAUCCCUAGCCCUAACCCCAAAACCCCACAUCAUCACAAAUUCUCAUCCGAUACAGCUCCACAUUUGAAUCAAGGACCGAGCUUUAGAUCGAAAAUCGACGAAAUUUGCAGGAUUUUAGAAACCACGCCCUCGGGCGGGGACUUAGAAAACGCCCUUUCCUCGAUCCACGAAAAAAGUUCACCUGAAAUCACUGUAGGAGUUUUGAAAAGGGCUAAAGAUUUGAACUUGGCGAUGAAUUACUUCAGAUGGGUCGAAAGGUUCAGUAACGAGCCGCAUUGUUUGGUAUCUUAUAAUACGAUGCUCUCGGUGAUUGCGAGGACCAAAAAGUUUGAUGCUUUGGAGAAUGUUUUGCAUGAAAUGGGUCUACUUGGUUUCGGGCCGUCGAAUAAUGCUUGUUUAGAGAUGGUUGAGAGUUUAGUGAAGAUUGGGAAGCUGAAAGAAGCUGUUAAUGUGAUUGAAUUGAUGAGGAAAUUUAAGUUUCGUCCAGCUUUUUCAGCUUAUACUACUCUCAUUGGCGCAUUUGCUGAUACCCGUGAACCCGAUUUAGCCCUCAAAUUAUUUCAGCAGAUGCAGGAAUUAGGGUAUGAAGUUAAUUUGCAGUUAUUUACGACUUUGGUUAGAGUGUUUGCGAAAGAGGGUAAGCUAGAUUCAGCACUUUCGUUAUUGGAAGAGUUGAAAAGUAAUUCAUUUGUUGCUGACAUAGUUCUCUACAAUGUUUGUAUCGAUUGUUUUGGAAAAGUGGGGAAGGUUGAUAUGGCUUGGAAAUUCUUUCAUGAGAUGAAAGCUCAGGGAAUCAGCCCGGAUGAUGUUACUUAUACUAGCAUGAUUGGGGUUCUUUGUAAAGCUAAUAGGUUGAGUGCGGCUGAGGAAUUAUUCGAGCAAAUGGAGCAAGGGAGAAGAGUCCCUUGUGCUUAUUCUUAUAAUACAAUGAUUAUGGGCUAUGGCGCAGCUGGAAGGUUUGAUCAAGCUUACAGAUUACUGGAGAAGUUUAGAGAAAAGGGAUGCAUUCCGAGUGUUGUUGCAUAUAAUUCUCUGCUCACUUGCCUUGGGAAAAAGAGGAGAGUGGAUGAAGCUCUUAAGGUUUUCGAGGAGAUGAAAAAGGAUGCUGAACCUAAUGCAUCAACCUUUAACAUUAUUAUCGAUAUGCUUUGUAUGGCAGGGAGAUUAGAAGAUGCUUACAGGAUUAGAGAUAUUAUGCAAGAUGCUGGCUUAUUUCCUAACCAGAUCACUGUUAACAUAAUGGUUGAUAGGUUGUGUAAAGCUCAGAAGCUUGAUGCAGCGCGAAAAGUAUUUGAGGGCAUGAGUGAAAAAGGCUGUGCUCCAGAUCCUGUUGCAUAUUGUUCUCUUAUUGAUGGAUUGGGGAGAAAAGGUAGAGUUGAUGAGGCUUAUAGUUUGUAUGAGGAAAUGUUGGAUGCUGGCCAUAAUCCUAAUGUUGUUGUCUAUACAUCUUUGAUCAGAAAUUUUUUCAAGAUUGGAAGGAAGGAAGAUGGGCAUAAGAUCUUCAAAGAAAUGAAGCGCAGAGGUUGUCGUCCUGAUCUAACUCUUCUGAACACUUAUAUGGAUUGUGUGUUUAAGGCUGGUGAAACAGAAAAGGGAAGGAGUUUAUUUGAGGAUAUAAAAUCUCAAGGUUUCUCCCCUGAUGUACGAAGUUAUUCUAUACUUAUUCAUGGCCUCACAAAAGCUGGUAAGGCUCGAGAGACGUAUAAAUUGUUUUAUGCUAUGAAGGAACAAGGCCUCACACUUGAUACUAUGGCCUAUAACACUGUCAUUGAUGGAUUUUGCAAGUCGGGUCAAGUGGACAAAGCUUACCAGCUUCUCGAGGAGAUGAAAUCAAAAGGGUUUCCUCCCUCUGUGGUUACUUAUGGAUCUGUUGUUGAUGGGCUUGCAAAAAUUGACAGGCUUGAUGAGGCUUAUAUGCUUUUUGAAGAAGCGAAAUCAAAGGGAAUUGAAGUAAAUGUAGUUUUGUAUAGUAGUCUUAUUGAUGGGUUCGGUAAAGUUGGGAGAAUCGAUGAAGCUUAUUUAAUAAUGGAAGAAAUGAUGCAGAAGGGUCUGACACCAAAUGUGUACACAUGGAAUUGCCUAAUUGAUGCUUUAGUGAAGGGAGAUGAAAUUGAUGAAGCUCUUGCUUGCUUUCAGUCGAUGAAAGAUAUGAAAUGUGCUCCAAACACCUUUACUUAUAGCAUUCUCAUUAAUGGCCUUUGUCGAGCUGAGAAAUACAACAAAGCUUUCGUCUUUUGGCAAGAAAUGCAGAAACUAGGUUUAGUUCCAAGUGUGGUCACAUACACUACUAUGAUCUCAGGCCUUGCAAAGAUUGGGAAUAUUACUGAAGCUAAUAGCCUCUUUGAGAAGUUUAAGGCUAAUGGAGGUGUACCUGACUCAGUUAGUUUCAAUGCCCUUAUAGAAGGAAUGAGUAGUGCAAAUAGGGCAAUGGAUGCUUAUAGGGUUUUCGAGGAGACUCGACUUAGGGGAUGUAAGAUUAAUGCAAAGACUUGUAUUGUUCUUUUGGAUGCAUUGCAUAAGGCAGAGUGCCUUGAGCAAGCAGCAAUUGUUGGAGCUGUGUUGAGGGAGAUGGCAAAGUCACAGCAUGCUGCUAGAUCCUUGUAAACUUUGGAGAAUGAAGGGAUUGAACUCUACUCCCUUUUUUAUGCUGGAGAGAGGAUUGGCUCGUCUUUUGAGGAAUGUACAAUAAUAUAUUAUUCAAUCAACUUUAGAUUUGAAUCCAGAUUUAGCUGCUGCAGCUGAUUCCAACAACUCAAAGUUUCAUCAUUAAGAUGUAUUAGUGGGCAUUUUAUAAACAAGUACAGUCGGUCUGCUAGAUUUAAAGCAUCAAAGAUUGUAUGGGAAAAUCUAGCUUGUGCAUCGCCUCGGUGCCAAUGUUGUGAAAGAAGAGAUUUUUGGAAAGGAUGAUAUAAAGGCUGGUUGAAGAUCGAUAAUUAUUUGAUAGGUGCAAAUGAUCACCAUUUAACUAGAGGUGCUCCUUCAUGCCGAUUACAGAAGAGGAGGCUAUUCAGUUGACCCCAGAGGGAUAAUUGAUUUUCGUAAUAACUUGUGUGCUCUCUGCAUGCAAAUAAUGAAUAGAUGUGUACAGGUACGCAUGCUUUAUCAAAAGAAAUCUACUUGUUUGGAAUUUAUGUUUGGAACUAGUGAAUGAUUCUACAUUCUGG